AUGACUCUCUCUGCUACUUUGAUUGCACGUGAGAUACCUCUUCCAGGACUAGCCGAUCUUCUGCCUGACUCCGAAAUCGAAAACGAUAUCGAGCUUCUUCUCCAUUGGCUACAACCCAACAGCUUUGAUGCUGAAGUUUCACCGCCCACCCCUCGAAUUCGAGUAGCUGCACGCCGAUGUCUUAAUGAUCCGGCAGGACUGCUACAUUUUGUGCGCCUCUGGCUCAAUGCCAUUCGCCCACACCUCGAGGCGCGCCUUGCGCCGCUCGCAGCGUCUGCGCCGCUUGCUGCUGUGGUCGACCUAGCGGCGCGCCUGCAUCGCCGCUAUUUGGCCCAAGCGGCCCACUUGCCUCUACUGGCCCGCGCAGCCCAAUUUUUCUCUCGUGCACUCGCAGGCAUGUACACACAUUACCUAUCACUGCCACGUAUAGAAAAGGAGAUUUCUGUUUGCUUGUCCCAAGAGCUUGAUGCAGAACUCGUGCGCACCUUGUCUCGACUUGGCUUGGCCACUUCUGUGCGGGCUGCAAUGGUGGCGGUGUGUGUUUCGCGAGUGCGUGAGCAGGCUGAUUAUAUGUGUGCUCGCCGCUGGAACAAGCCUGUUCUUGGGGCGCUAGAAGAUUGGGCUCGCGAGUUCGCGCGCGGCGCCUCGCCUCCCUUUGCUCUGCCCAAAACCUCCCAUGUCGCUGCAGGCGGCGCUGCUUCUCCGGCAGAGGCAUUCUCAUUCGUGGAGGACGACGUUGAGCGGACCUUACUCUCUGGUUUUGACUGGAUAGAUCUGGACCAGAGCCAUAUCAACCAAAGCGCAGUCUUUACUAAUGAACUUGCACGAAUUGCACAGAACGAGCUACUAGCUCUCCGCACACGUGAAAUCUAUGACAUUGUUGCAGCAUAUCCUGAAAGUUCAGCUGCUCUUGCUGAGUUGCACACAUGUCUCGACGGUGCAGGCGCUGCGUCACGUUCGAACCUCGUAGACACCUUUGUUAGUGCGUGUAUGGUUCGUCUUUUGCAUCUGGGAUCCACCACAGAUGCCGUGAUUCUUGCUUACAUGCGCACCAUCAGAGCAUUUCUUGUUAUGGACACCUCGGGUGUUCUCUUAGACAAAGUAGCACGCCCGUUAAGGCGUUACUUGCGUCUGCGCAUGGAUUUGGUGCCAAAACUUGCUCUUGGCAUGCUCGAUAGUAAAUCCUCAAACCCGCUUGCAGAAUUGGCACACGAGCUCAGCACUACAAACCCAUCACCCCCAGAACUCGACGACCUUUCUGAUAUCGCGUGGGUUCCCGACCCCAUCGAUGCUUUGCCCGAUUUUCAAAAGGGCAAGGCUGCAGAUGUUCUUGAUGCUAUUGUCUCCGUUCUUCCACUGUCGACAAUGCUCAUUGAGGAGCUUACCCGUGUUUUAGGUGACCGCUUAUUGAAUUGGAAGGAGUACGAUUCUGGAGACGUUGUACAUAACGUUGAGCUUCUUAAGGCCCGGUUUGGUAGCGCAGAGUUUGCCACUUUAGAUGUCAUGGUCCGGGAUAUGGUGGAAAGCAGUGCACUCAACAUGGCGGUUUCCUGUCCACCACUCCGCUUGGCAGUGCUAUCAAAAUUGUACUGGCCCAAUGUUGGAGACGGCGACACGUCAACUUUGAGUGUGCCCGUGCAAGGAGUUUUCGAACUUUACAACAAACGCUAUGCUUCUACGCGUAAGGGCCGUUCAUUAGCGUUGAUCCCAGAAUACGGCACAGUGACUCUUGAUUUAGUUUUUGCGCAUGGCAAGCGCACAUUUACAGUGACACCAACACAGGCUACUGUCAUUAAUCAGUUUGAUGGUUUUAAUGUUGAAAAGAAACUUUUUGAAGUCGCCAAUGCUAUUGGACUUUCGGAGUAUGCGACACUGAACGCUCUAGCUUUCUGGGUUCAGCAAGGUAUCUUAGAGAAACAUGAUGAGUCUUACCACACAGUGGAAAAUUCUUAA